AUGGAAAUGCAGGCUGAAUCACACGUCCAAAGCACAAAGAAAAAUGAGGGGAGACCAUACCGGUCCCACCUCCACCCAGCAUGUUUCGCGUGCAGAAAGCGGAAAUCCCGCUGCAAGACAAGAAACACAUCGGCCACAUGUAUAAUGUGUCAGGCACAUGGGACAGACUGCAGAUUUCCGCGCCCAGACGAUCCAUUCCAAACGCCCCAAAACUUGAGGUCUUCCCCGCGGAAAUCGGCGGCCAAUGCUCAAGCUCGUUUUGUCGAUACAUAUGGUUCUCUGCACCCCAGAUCAAAUAACCCACAGGCAUUGGGACAACAUACAGAUCUGUCCGAGCCCUCUCCUGAUAAUUUAAUCCAUUUUGAUUCAUCGAGAACUCCCCCGGCAUUCAAUGCUGAUCGGCCAUUGUCUGCGCCGAGAAAUGAUAGUGGAGGAGACGGCCUCCCAAAUCUUAUUGGUAUUGUUGCCGCGGCCGCAGAUGGCAAUUCCCAUAUAAUCAGCCCGGCUGUUGCAGAUGAUAAUGAUAUUUUGGAAAGUUAUCUGUCGACAGCACAGACAGAGAAGCGAAGAUGCUUGGCUCGUUCCAGCCCCACGUCGAAUGGCCCUUUGAGGCCUGUAAGGUUCAAUGCUGUGCCUAGGAGACCAUUGGGUGUUAGUGUCAAGCAGUCUGUUGCAGAGUCGAAGCUGGAAGUUAUUGAGCGAUACAUGGACCCACAUAUUGAUGAAUUCUUGAAUCUCUUCUUCCACAAAGCAAAUCCUUGCUUUCCUCUAUUUGACGAAGCUUCAUUCAGAAAUGCUUACUCAACUCAUAAGGAGAAAAUAUCGCCAGCGCUAUUAUGCUGCCUCUACGCCAACUCGCUUGUUUAUUGGAAAAGCUCAUCGAAGCUUGUAUAUGCGGGUCGCGUUCCUGACAUUCAUUUCAUCUGGAAUCAAGCCAACGAAGCCCUUAAUUCAGAGCUGUUCCUCUCGCCAGGAAUUUCGACGGUUCUCGCUAUAUUGAUAAAUGUUUGUGGAAGACCUAGUACUUCUAUGUUUGGUAAUGGCGGUAUGGUGGGCACUGCGGUUGCUUUAUCGAAUGCACUUGGUCUCAAUCGUGACCCCUCAAGCUGGAUGAUAUCUCCGUUGGAGAAAAGUUUGCGCAUUAGGAUAUGGUGGCUCGUUAUGAUACAUGAUCGGUGGUGCAGCUUGGGUUACGGGACACCCUUGCAGGUCCACCGAGCCCAAUACGAUGUGCCAUUUCCAUCGAUGGAAGACUUGUGCCACCCAACAGCCGACCCAUACCAGAAACGAGCAGCAUCAGUGUUUCUAGCAUUGACUACCUUGACCGACGUGCUGGCUCGCUAUCUAGAGCAUGUCUACAGCGUGUCCAAAGAAUUCCCACACUCAGAUGCGCAUGCCCUUGAACAGAUUCUAAUCGACUGGGAAGAAUCCUUAAGUGAUGACAUUCGACGAAUCGUACUCAGAGGCACACACCUUGACAUUCCGGGAGCAGCAAAUUUUCGGUUGGCAUAUUUAGCUGUCAAACUACUGCUUCGUCGAAUUCAACUUGAUCUGAACAAAAGAUCUCAUCUCGCAGCCGAAGACGAUACCAAGGCCCCAUUCUACAUGCAGGCACAACGAGCCGCUGAAGACAUCGCACACCUGAUACAGGAGCUAGACACUACCCAACUGAACGGUUUUUGGAUCCCGGUGCAUUCCUUCUCGAUAACAUCGGCCACAAUGUUCCUGCUGCGCAGUGGGUUACGGAUGAAAGAUCAGGGCGGAAAUAUGCCCCUGCAUAUUGCCAAAGACAUGAUUACCGUUCUUCAUGCGCACCGUCAGAAUUUCGAUUGGGAUCUUGCCGAUAAUUGCCUCACGGACUGCGGGGAGCUGGUUGAAAAGAUCAGUAUGGUGGUGGCGGAUUCGGACUUGGCUGUUGGUGCAGCUGGGCCUGAUUUUCCGGAAUUCUCGGAGGAUUUGGAUAUCGAUCCGGCUAUAUUGGAGGAGUUAUUUUUUGGAAUCUUGGGGUUUCCGCAAGGAUUCGAGAUUUGA